AUGUCUCACACUGAGAUCAAGAAGGGCGAGUGGCAGACUGGUCUCUGCGACUUCAUGAGCGGCGGCCACUGCCUGGUUGGUUGCUUCUUCCCCUGUAUCUUGGCCAACCAAACCGCCGAGCUGAUCGAGGACCCGGACGAGAAGGAGCCCGAGAAGUGCGGCACUGUCGGCUGCGCGUGGUGUCUCUGCAGCGGUUUCAGCGUGCUCUUCGGCUGCUUCCAGCGCAGGAGUAUCCGGAGGAUGGCCGGGAUUGAGUCCAACGUCUGCUGCGACUUCAUCAUCAACGGUUGCUGCCCGUGCUGCGCGCUCAUCCAGCAGCAGAAGGAACUCGAGAUCCGCCGUGAUGUGCGGUUGGCUGCUAAGCAGGGUUACCAGGCGCAGCCUCCUAUGCGCCGGCCUUAA